AUGGAGGUCAUUGGUAUUGUCGGUGUAGCUGCUGCUUCUGUGUCCAUCCCUUUGGCUGCAGUAGCCGCUUCUACAGCAGUAGUUGGCAUUUCACAAGGAGUCAACAGCUCACAGCAAGGUGGGGGUGGCGGAAAGGCGGCCGAACCAGAUAAAUCCGAUCCCAGGCUCGCCAAGUUCAAUCUGGUGGCAGAAUGUUCAAUGCCCGUCUCAUCCCCAGGACUAUCUCCUGCAAAGCUGGUUCACGGUAAGAUCGUUGUCCUGCGAAAAGGGAAAUUAUAUCUCGACGUAGCUGAUCCUGAAUAUCGAAUAUUCAGUGAUGGUCAUCCUUUCUCCGGGUUCUACCUUGAGUACCCAGUUGGGAACAAACCUCUAUCACUUGUCAGCACAAUCUCCCGUGAUCCACCGGAACUGAACUGGAUAUAUGCCGACGACGAUACUUUGGAACUGAAAUACGGAAAUAAGACAGCCAGCAUGAAUCACAUUCACGGUCCUUGGGAUUGGACGGCAGAUCAGAGUGCCAUGGUACUGGAGGGAUGGGAAGGUUUCGUGGCAUUAGAGGAGUCUCCUGGAGUCUGGAGCCUCUACUUCGACCAGGAUGACGAUUUGUUGGAGUCGAGUGGUAUUGCAAAUGGCCGGAGGGUUGUCGAAUGCAGUUUGAGGAGACGUCUAGAGCCUCCAAAAAAGAGCUGA